AUGGCAGUUCCUCUGAUUGUAAAAUGGGGUGGACAGGAAUAUUCGGUGACCACACUGUCAGAAGAUGAUACUGUGCUAGAUCUCAAACAGUUUCUCAAGACCCUUACAGGAGUGCUGCCAGAGCGUCAGAAGUUACUUGGACUCAAAGUUAAAGGCAAACCUGCAGAAAAUGAUGUUAAGCUUGGAGCUCUCAAACUGAAACCAAAUACUAAAAUCAUGAUGAUGGGAACUCGUGAGGAGAGCUUGGAAGAUGUCUUAGGUCCGCCUCCUGACAAUGAUGAUGUUGUCAAUGACUUUGAUAUUGAAGAUGAAGUAGUUGAAGUAGAAAAUAGAGAAGAAAACCUGCUGAAAAUCUCUCGCAGAGUUAAGGAGUACAAAGUGGAAAUUUUAAAUCCUCCCAGGGAAGGGAAAAAGCUCUUGGUACUAGAUGUUGAUUAUACAUUAUUUGACCAUAGGUCUUGUGCAGAGACUGGGGUAGAAUUAAUGCGGCCAUAUCUUCAUGAAUUUCUGACAUCUGCAUAUGAGGAUUAUGACAUUGUUAUUUGGUCUGCAACAAAUAUGAAGUGGAUUGAAGCAAAAAUGAAAGAGCUGGGAGUGAGCACAAAUGCAAACUACAAGAUUACCUUUAUGUUGGACAGUGCUGCUAUGAUAACAGUGCACACUCCAAGGAGAGGAUUAAUAGAUGUAAAACCUCUUGGUGUUAUAUGGGGAAAAUUUUCAGAAUUUUACAGCAAAAAAAACACGAUUAUGUUUGAUGAUAUAGGAAGAAAUUUUCUAAUGAACCCACAGAAUGGAUUAAAGAUACGGCCUUUUAUGAAAGCACACCUCAAUCGAGAUAAAGACAAAGAACUUUUAAAAUUAACACAGUACCUCAAGGAAAUAGCAAAAUUAGAUGACUUUUUGGAGCUAAACCACAAAUAUUGGGAAAGGUAUCUCUCAAAGAAGCAAGGACAGUAA